UUGAAGAUUGUUGAUGUAUUGUCCCGCGACAAUGUGGUUGCUGUGCGACUAGCCGUCUAUGAGGUGACUUUCAAUGUUUUUACAUUUCCAUUGCUCGUUUACUUUCUCAAAAGUCAGAAAGGUAUGCGCUAUAUCAUCACCGUUCCCGCUUGCCUGAACGCUGCUGAGCAUGCUUUGAAAUGCAUAUCUCUCAAUGGCAUCAAUGAUAAAAACGAGAGGGUACGGAGUGCUGCUUUCGAGAUGCUGAAGCUGCUCAAAGGGCAUCGUUACAUUCGGUUUUUUGAUGUUGUACCUAUGGAAGAAGUACUGGCUCGCCUACAAGUUGAAACUUCGGAGAGUGUUCGACGUCAAAUUGUUCCGCUCAUUUUCAAGUCAUUCUUUCCUGAUCCUAAACGCGUUGAUCGGAACGAGAGAAUGAAGCGUAUAGCAUUCCUCAUCAAGCAUGGUCGGAUAUGCGCAUUGACUUUUCAUCGACUGGUAUUCCCUCUUGCGCUCGUUACAGUCAAAGAAGCAGUGGAGCACAUUCAGUUUAUGACCAUUGUCGUUUACCGCAUCUUCACGAAGGGCACUACUGCUGAUGCAACCCUAGAUGGGUCAACUUCAUUGCUACUAGACGACACCGUAGGCACACUUACUGGUCCAAGUCAGGAAAUGACUAUGCCUGGUUAG